GCGCCGAGGAGUGAGGAUUUUGUUUUUCGAAAUGGAUUCUGCAGAGGAAGAAGGUGCUAGGGCUGAAGAAGAGAUCGGACGCGCUGGUUUGUGUAGGCAGCGGAGAGCUUCUACGAAGAUGGGGAUUUACGUUGACACUCUGACUGACGACGACGAAGAUGAGAGACCCAAGCGAAAAGGCAAAAAGGGGGUAUAUAUGGCUCGGAAAAAGACUACCAAGGAAGACGAAGAGAAGCAAAAUAACGAAAUCGAUCAAAAUGUUACGGUUGAAGAAGCGAACGGAGCCACUUCUAAGACGAGGGUUAACACAGACUCAAUUACUGAGCAAGUCGAAGAUUCUGGAAGCAAGCUUUCCAUUGCGGAAAAGACUCGGAUACGGACCAACCAAGUCGAGCAACAAGCGUAGAAAAACAGUUAACAAAGACAAUAAACACCGCCAGGUUAA